AUGAAGCCAUAUCUGUUAUUAAUCUUAUUAUACUUAGCAAAGACAUUGGCUGUAGUUCCUGAUCAUAGAGAUCUAGAUAAACCAAUACUCAAAGUAUCAACAAGAAAUUACAAUAAACAAAUCAUCAUUGAAGCACUUCAAGAUGUUGCAAAUAAAGUAACAUUAAGUCCAUCAAAUUUAUCUCGAUUUCAACUGUGGACAAUAGAAAGUGAAAGAACAUGUAUUGAGAAUUCAAAUAUCAAAUAUUUCCUUCGUACAAUUAAAUUAACUGAUAAAAUAUUUGAAGCUUCUGAAUGUAGGACAAACACUAAUCCAAAUUUUCAAAGUAUUCUACAGCCUUCUCCUAAUAUUCAUAAUUUAUUAUUAAGGAAUCCUGAUCCAGUUGAUUCUCAAUUGAUUACUAAUUUAAUGGAUCAUUUUGGUCAUUAUGAACAAUUUAAAGAUUAUAAAUUUAAUGAUUUCAAUAAUUUGAAUUAUGAUUUACAAUGUGUUAUAGAUUAUCAAGAAUUAAUGCAAGUUGGAUUUAAAGAAACAAUAAUUGAAGUUACAUUAGAAAGAAAGGUGGAAGUUGAUGAAACUUGUCAGUUCAAGAGAUUAAAUCCUCAAUUUCCAGGGUUCCUGUAUGAUCAUGUUCCAGUACAUUUACCUGUUAAUGGAACAUUUUAUUGUCACAAGGGGAAAUCUAAAACUUGUAAUCGAGCAAUUGCUGAAUAUAAAAACUCAAGAUAUAAAUUAAUUGAUCUGUAA